AUGGCGCCGCGCGGGUCCGUCGUCGCGUUUCAGAAGCGAUUCAAGGAGUCGUCUCAGCAGAUGCUGGAGCUCUUUUCAGAAGCAGCUCCAGAAACUUCCAAGAAGGUGACCAGGGAUGAUGUGGCCAAAGCAGCAGAGAGCCUUGUGAAGCAAGCGGUCAAAGUGGCAAUCUUCUGGGCAGCGUCCACUCCCCCAAAGUCAGCAGAAGCCGCCCCGCUGCUCUCAGAUUUCCACGACUCGUUUGUGGCAUCCAUGCUGCUGCUGCACGCCUGCAGUGCUGGCGCUGCUGCCACGUGGCAUGCUGCCAUUCGCUCAGCUGCGGAGGGUGUUGUGUCAGCUGCAACUGCUCUGCUAGACACUGCUCUGACCACAACCAAUGCCACUCAGCGAGCUCAGCUGCUCCCCAGGCAGGUGGGCGUGCUGCAGUCAGCAUACGCAGCACUGAAGAAGCUUCCAGUAAGCAACGAGGCAGCCGUGGGUCGGGCGCUGGUGACUCUUGCUGCGUCAAUGAAAGACGUUGCAAGGGAGGUGGGGGAGAUGGUUGGAAGAGAAGGGGUUGAGAACGGUGCAGUGGGAGUGGAGAGAAGCGAGGAGAAAGGGGAUGUGGAAGGGGAGGGAAGCGCUGUGGAAGGCAGAGGGGUUCAAGAAAGACCCGGGGAAAAGGACAGUAAAGAGGAGGAGGAUUCGUCCAGUAAUGACAAGGAGGAGGAGGACGGUGAUGGUGGUGAUGGUGGUGAUGGUGAUGAGGAUGAUGAGGACGAAGAGGAAGAGGAGGCGAGUUUGGGCGAGGAGGAGAGGGAGUUGGCACGGAGUGGCUUGCAUGUGUGUGUGGCAGCAGAAGGGGUGAUUCGGUUUCUGCGUGUGUGCAUGGGAGCGAGUGAAGACGUGGACGAGAUUGGUGCGUCUCUCUUCCCGCCUCAAGAGCCCGGCACGAUCCGCAUGCGAGCACAGCAACUUCUGGGUCGAGCGAGAGAUCUGAAAUCACUGCUGCCACUGCCACCAGGAGCAGAAGCCUUGGAAAAUAUACAAGUGGCGGAUUCGGGGAGCGUGGGUGGUGCUGCUGCUGCUGAUGAAGGGAAGGUGGGGAGUGGAGGGGAGGUGGGGAAGAAGGGUGUGGGGAAGGGGGGGAUGAGUGUGAGUAAGUUGCAUGAGGUGGUUGGGGAGAUGGAGAGGGAUAUACAUACAUUGUUGCAUGUGGUGGGAGAGGAGAGUAGUGAGAGGGAGGUGGUGGGCGAUGAGGGAGCACAGGGGAUAAAGGAAGGAAAGAGGGAGGAGCAGGUAUCUGCUGCUUGUGUAACUGUCACAAUAGAGAAAUGCCGUUUAGAUGAUUAA